AAACUCGCCACCCCAUUUCGAGUGCCUUCGACGCCGCCGGCACUGCCAAGCCCCUGACCCAGGAGAUGGAGGCGAAGGACGUCUCCUCCGCUGGCGAUGACGCAGCCCUGGAGCCCUCGCGCCCGCGGACUUUCAUCAAGGACAUCGUCCGCGGUGCGACGGAGGAGCUGGUGGGUCGGAAGGUGGUGGUUGGGGGAUGGGUGAAGACGGGGAGGGAGCAGGGGAAGGGCUCGUUCGCGUUCCUCGAGCUCAACGAUGGCUCCUGCCUCGCCAAUCUCCAGGUGAUCGUAGACGCCGCCGUGCACCCGCUAACGCAGCUCGUGCCCACGGGGACGUGCGUGCUCGUGGAGGGGGAACUCAAGAAGCCGCCCGAAGGGGCGAAGCAGAGCGUUGAGCUCAAGGUGGAAAGCGUCCUCGAGGUCGGGACCGUGGAUCCUGCCAAGUAUCCUCUUCCUAAGACGAGGAAGGGGCUCACCCUCGAGUUCCUUCGCGAUUUCGGUCACCUCAGAGCGCGCACCAACACGAUAUCAGCUGUUGCUAGAAUCAGAGAUGAACUGGCUUAUGCAACCCACACAUUCUUCAGGAAAAAUGGAUUUCGUUAUGUGCAUACUCCUAUAAUCACUACUAGUGAUUGUGAGGGUGCUGGUGAAAUGUUUCAAGUUACUACACUUUUUAGUAAAGCGGAAAAGGAAGAGAAAGAGUUAAAGCAGAACCCUCGACCAUCAGAAACUGACAUCGAAGCUGCUAAGCUUCUUGUCAAGGAGAAAGGAGAGACAGUCUCACAGCUAAAAUCAUCAAAAGCAAGCGAGGAAGAGAUCAGCGCUUCGGUUUCUGAACUCAUCAAGGCAAAAGAAAGUCUAUCGCGACUGGAAGAAAGGUUUAAGUUGAAAGCUGGGAUUCCUCAGAAAGAUGGGAAGAUUGAUUAUGCUGGUGAUUUUUUUGGGCGACAAGCUUUCCUCACUGUAUCUGGUCAGCUUCAGGUCGAGACCUAUGCUUGUGCCCUGGGUAACGUUUACACAUUUGGACCAACAUUUCGAGCAGAAAAUUCGCACACGUCACGGCAUUUAGCGGAAUUUUGGAUGGUUGAGCCAGAGAUAGCAUUUGCAAAUUUGGAGGAUGACAUGAACUAUGCAGAAAGUUACGUGAAAUUUCUCUGCCAAUGGUUACUGGACAACUGUAUUGAAGAUAUGGAAUUUAUGAAGACUUUUGAUGAAACAGCUAUAGAGCGUCUUAAGCUUGUUUCAUCAUCGCCAUUUGAGCGUAUUUCAUAUACGAAGGCUGUGCAGCUUCUAAAGAAUGUCACAGACAAGGAGUUUGCGAUUGAGGUAGAAUGGGGAAUUGAUUUAGCAUCAGAGCAUGAAAGGUACUUAACGGAGGUGUUAUUUAAGAAGCCUGUGAUUGUAUACAAUUAUCCCAAAGGAAUAAAAGCAUUUUAUAUGAAGCUCAAUGAUGACCAAAAGACAGUAGCAGCUAUGGAUGUGCUUGUGCCUAAGGUUGGUGAGCUGAUUGGUGGAAGCCAAAGGGAGGAGAGGUUAGAUGUGCUAGUAAAAAGAAUUAAAGAGUCAGGGUUGCCGCUUGAGCCAUAUGAAUGGUACCUAGACCUCCGUCGCUUUGGUACCGUCAAGCACAGCGGAUUCGGACUCGGUUUCGAGCGGAUGAUUCUUUUUGCUACUGGCAUGGAAAAUAUCAGAGAUGUAAUCCCUUUUCCAAGAUACCCAGGGAGGGCGGACCUCUGAUUCAAAAAUCUUGUUUUUCAUAGCAUGCAAAUACAUUGUCAUACAGUGCAUGUCAAUCUGCAAAAUCUUGACCUUUCACUAUGCCUAGGAAGUGUGAGAUUUUUAUAGCCAAUCCAAUUAAAGUAUGGAUGACUUUGUUUUUGAUUAUUCGAGACAGAGUGAAGUAUAUAUUUUAUCUGCAAAUUUAUUGGUUCGCCAUCA